UCACACAUCAGUCAGAUUUUUUUGUCAUAUUUUAUAAUAUUUCUUAAUCUAAUAUUAAUUUCAUAGCUUCAUCGAAAUGUUUUGUAAAGCUAUGAACUACAUAAAAAUAGAAAGUGCAAUGCGUAUCGCUUUGAGAAAAAGCAUUUCCCAUCAAUAUGAAUCUAUCUGCAGUACAAAAGUACCUUUCAUACUACUGAAAGCAAUACACACAAGCCAAGUGGGCUGCCGAGAUUAUAUCUACAAGCCUUACCAGGCGCCGUGUCGCGAAGACCACGAUCAUAAGAAUAUGCGGCUCAACAGGCCCAUGUCACCACAUUUGACCAUUUAUGGACCAACCUUGCCUGCUAUGACUUCAAUAUCGCAACGUAUAACUGGUACAAUCGUAACGUUUUACACUGUAAUGCUGUCUGGUGGUGCACUGUUCCUGUCCAACGGCAUCGACAGCAUCGUAUCAAUGAUACAAAGCCUGAACCUAAACGGUUUUUUCAUAUUUAUUCUUAAGAUUAUUAUAGGUUUUCCGUUCGCUUACCAUUAUUUCUGUGGCAUUCGUUUUUGUUUGUUUAACCUAGGCAAGUUUAUGGAUAAACCAUCAGUGUACAAGACUGCAUAUCAGGCCAUUAUAGCUGGAGGCGUAAUGGCGGUGUUGUUUGCUUUGCGCUAGGUUGUAUUUAGAGAUGUUAACUUUAAAAAUCGAAAUACGUACCUACAUGUUAAGCUUAUCUCAGUGAGUCUAUAUUGGGAUGCAACCUACCGACCAACCUACCGAGAAUAAGGAAAAUCGAAAUUUUGGUAUGUAGUUCGCGAAUAUGGAAGAGUGGCCCUCUGGAUCGUCAUCGAAAUAACGGUUCUCCCUGGCUCUCUCUAACGUAUAACUGCAUCCCGUAUAGACUUGUCGAGAUUGACUCAACAUCAGAGGGUCUACUGCGAAAACAGGGAAGUAACGAUUUUAGAUUUUUUGAUGUUGGCGAUAGGCCCUCUGGUCGCAUUUAACACGUUCUCUGUCGAUACUCACUGAAUUUCUCUGGAAAACCAAAGAAUACAAAUGUAUUCUAUGGUAUUCCAGAAAAAUUCCGUAAGUAAGUAUCUAUAAAUAUACGGCAUAUAAAUAUUAGAGUGGACUUGAGGAGUGAAAUUUGCUCUUAGGCAGGAAACGUUAAAAGAUCACUUAAAUGUAUUGUUUUGUUUUCUUAAUCAAGAUAUUGUUAGUAAAGAAACGUAAAAAAGAAA